CUGCCUGUCUUUCAGGAGUCAGGCAGCUUGGCCAUGUGCCCUCCAGUCAGCAAGCGGUAUGGGGCAGAGGGCAUGUCCUAUCUCCAUGCAUCCUGGAUGUAUCAGCUUCAACAUGGCAGCCAGCUAAGGAUCUGCUUUGCUUGUUACAAGGCUGCCUUUCUGGACCUUAAGCAGCAGCUGGAGUCAGAAGACUGGGAAGACGGAGAUUGGGACCCUGAGCUUAUGGAUAACUCAGAGACAGGGUCUGAGCAAGGGUCAUCCCCAGUGAUGGGGCCAAACUGGGCGCAGGGCCUAUGGCAGCCUGCACAGGGCGAGUCUGUGGGCUGGGGAUUGGACACCCUGGAGUCAGGCCCUGUGGAGUCAGAGGACAUGGACCUAGAUGAUCACUUUGUGCCCACUGAGCUGCAGCCUCAGGAUGCGGCACCCCUGGGCCUGGAUGCUGAAGAUGCUGACUGGACCCAGGGCCUUCCCUGGAGAUUUGGGGGAAUCCCUACCUGUUCCCACUGGCCAAGCCCCUCUGUUCCAUGGGAGGGGUUUUUCAAAGUGGACUUGCCUCCUGGAGAGCCCAUGGUAUUAGAGCUGGGCGCCACCCAGGACAUGGACCCUCUUGAGGCUGAAGCCUAUUUACUGGACCUGCAGGUCCUUUCCCUAGUGGGCUGCUAUGAUGCUGUCUACCUCCAGAAGAUGAAGCCAAGAAGGGUCCAAAUGACCCCAGGCCAGUGUUGGAAACUGCUGCUGGAGCCUGAUGAGGUGUGGGUGGUGAGACUCCAAGAUGCACCCCAGAAGCAAGAACUGCACCACUGGAAGCUAAGCAUUCUGGAAUCCUCCCUUCCAGGGCAGAUUGAAGAGCUGGUCCCUGCAGAUUCAGCCCUGCUUAAGAGGGGAUUCACCAUCCUUUCUUAUUCACCCUGGGCCAAGAGGAAGUCUGAGGAGGGAGACUCAGCCUCUAGGCCACAGUCCUCCACCCAAGGAGGGGAUGCCGGCACCAGUGGGCCCAGAGAGCCUGGGGAGAACCUGGCUGCUGUGGGAGCCUCGACCCUGGGAGAGCUGCCACAUUUCCAGCCCCUCAACCCAGGGUCCCAGAACUGA